AGCUAUGGCGUGGAAAUCAGUGGUGUCACGGGUAGUGGGAGCAUUAAAGACACAGACUCCACAACUCAAAGCAUUCACCCGUGGGAUCCAAACUGUUACUUUAAUCCCUGGUGAUGGAAUUGGCCCUGAGAUCUCCACUGCUGUAAUGAAGAUAUUUGAAGCCGCAAAAGCACCUAUUCAGUGGGAAGAGAGAAAUGUUACAGCUAUCCAGGGUCCCGGUGGCAAGUGGAUGAUUCCUCUUGAUGCAAAAGAAUCAAUGGACAGGAACAAAAUUGGCCUGAAAGGUCCCUUAAAGACACCGAUUGCUGCUGGUCAUCCAUCUAUGAAUCUGCUGUUGAGGAAAACCUUUGACCUCUAUGCCAAUGUACGUCCGUGUGUAUCUAUUGAGGGCUACCAGACCCCCUACACUGAUGUGAACCUGGUCACCAUCAGGGAGAACACGGAGGGAGAAUACAGUGGGAUUGAACAUGUGAUCGUUGAUGGGGUUGUACAGAGUAUUAAGCUCAUUACAGAACAAGCCAGCCAACGCAUUGCAGAAUAUGCUUUUGAAUAUGCCAGAAAUAAUCACAGGACCAGUGUCACUGCUGUUCAUAAAGCCAAUAUUAUGCGCAUGUCAGAUGGACUGUUCUUACGAAAAUGCAGAGAAGCUGCUGAAAAGCAUAACGAUGUGAAAUUCACCGAGAUGUACUUGGACACUGUGUGCCUUAAUAUGGUACAGGAUCCCUCGCAGUUUGAUGUUUUAGUGAUGCCAAAUUUGUAUGGAGACAUUUUGAGUGAUCUUUGUGCUGGACUGAUCGGAGGUCUUGGAGUGACCCCUAGUGGAAACAUAGGUGCCAAUGGUGUUGCCAUAUUUGAAUCGGUUCAUGGAACUGCUCCAGAUAUCGCAGGAAAGGACAUGGCCAAUCCAACUGCCUUGCUGCUCAGUGCGGUCAUGAUGCUGCGGCACAUGGGCCUUCAUGAAUACGCCAAGAAGAUUGAAGCUGGUUGCUUUGACACCAUCCGUGACAAAAAGGUUCUGACGAAAGACCUGGGCGGAGAGUCAAAGUGCUCAGAAUUUACAGAGGCAAUAUGUCAAAGAGUGCAGGAUAUGGGCUGAGGGAAUGUUAAACCAUAAGUCACCUGGGUUUUUUUUUUUCUCAUUUCAUGUUGUAUGCACAUUUGUAACUUAAAAAAAUGAUGCAUGUAUUUAAAACAGCUUUUGUUUAAGACCCCAAAUGUUUUCCUGUAUCCCCUAAAAACACUGCCUUAAAACUAAGGGGUUAAAGCGCAAUAGGUACUCUGGCUGCUGUCUUUGCAAUACGCAUUUCAUUUCCAAAUUUUGAUGCAAUACUCUGUUUACCAAAUGAAUUUCGCUUUUAGUGUGAAGAGUUUGACACUGUAAUGACAGGCACAGUCUGUAACCCUCAAACAAACAAAUUACAUAAUUAAAAUAAUUGAAUUUUACAAAGAUGGGAGAUGUUUUACAAUAUAGCUUCUCUUUAUGUCAUAUUUCUGUUGCAUAUAUCAAGAGUAUAUAAUGAUAAAGCUGUACUAUAAGAUCAGAGAUGUCAGACCAGUUAUUUAAUGUCAUGUUGUUGACUGUUAUUGCUAUAAACCACCCCACAGGCUGUGGUCAUGACUUCCAUCAUUUUACCACAGUUAACCUGAAUUUUAUACUUGCAUAUUUUUAUACAUACUAUGCUGUAAUAUACCACAAUAUAAGUAGCUAAGAAUGCUUUUUAUCACUUCUGUAAUAUUGUAAAUAUUUUACCUGUGUUGUCUAUAGCUGAUGUAGAGACAAUGAUUCAUGCCUUUGUCUCUUCUAGAAUAGAUUACUGUAAUGUCCUGUUUUCUGCCUUACCUCAGUCCAG